UCGGUUCUAAUGUACCGGUUUGGUUCGGUUAUAAGUAAAGAUUCUGAAUUAGCUCAAAGGAGGAGAAUCAAAGCGUCGUCAGUCUUCUUCUUUCCGCUGCCAACAAAAUGGAGCUGUCGUCUGCAUCCGCCAUAUUUGGCCACUCCUCCUCCGCCGUUCAGCUUCUCAGACCUAAGCUCGGGUUUAUAGAUUUACUUCCUCGUCGAGCAAUAAUCGUGUCUUCUGCUUCUAUUCCUCGAUUUUUGCGGAUGGAAUCUCAAUCCUUCGCUUCUUCUCCCAUUAAAAACGUUUCUCAGGCUACUUCUGCUUCUUCUUCCUCUAUCGAAUUAGCUCGAAUUGGAGAAGUAAAGAGAGUAACAAAGGAAACGAAUGUUUCAGUGAAGAUUAAUUUGGAUGGCACUGGAGUUGCUGAUAGUUGUACUGGAAUUCCUUUUCUUGACCAUAUGUUAGAUCAACUUGCUUCACAUGGAUUGUUUGAUGUGCACGUUAGAGCUACUGGUGAUGUUCAUAUUGAUGAUCAUCACACUAAUGAAGAUAUAGCUCUUGCCAUUGGAACAGCUUUGUUAAAGGCCCUUGGUGAGCGUAAAGGGAUUAACCGGUUUGGUGACUUCACCGCUCCUUUAGAUGAAGCGCUUAUACAUGUUUCCUUGGACUUGUCUGGUCGACCAUAUCUUGGUUACAACUUGGAGAUUCCAACCCAGAGAGUUGGAACUUAUGACACUCAGUUGGUGGAGCACUUCUUCCAGUCGUUGGUGAAUACUUCUGGUAUGACACUUCACAUUCAGCAGCUUGCUGGUGAAAACUCUCAUCACAUAAUAGAGGCGACCUUUAAGGCCUUUGCCAGGGCUCUACGACAAGCAACAGAGGAUGAUCCACGUCGUGGUGGGACGAUACCAAGUUCAAAAGGAGUCUUGUCACGAUCUUGAGAGCUGAGCAAACACACAAGACAGUUCCCAAAUUCAUACUUCAUUGUCGAGUUCCUGAACCAUGGUCGAUUUUCUUAUGUUGCCAAAUGCCAAGCCUGUUGGAUCUUACUGUUCCAUUGCAGAAUCGCAAAGAGCAAAAUGUGAAAAUAGAGUGAAGAUCACACAGUUCAGAAUCUCUUACCAUUGCUGUAUCAUCAACUGAGAAGUGAGAACUUACUGUGAGAUAAUCCAAUGUUCUCUUUUUAGUUUUUACUAUAUUGACAAAAACGACUGCGUUUUGAAUCUUAACAUUUACAUACAAAAAAA